AUGUCCGACAUCGAUGAUGAGCUCCUCGCCCUCGCCGGCGGCGACUCGGAAGACGAGGGAGAUGCUCGUUCGGGCCGCCGAGCGUCGUCGACGCCGCCGCCCAAGGAGUCGAGGCGGCGAGCCAAAGGGCAUGAGUCGGAGGACGAAGGAGAGCAUUCAUCCACACCUUCGACGCCAAACUCUCUAGAGUCGGCACCGAUGGACGAGUCCGACUCGGACGACGAGCAGCCAUCGCACGGCCGCGCGGCCGCCCCCGAUGGCGGUGCCGACGACGAAAAGUAUCCCGUCGACGGCAUGUUCGUCAGCCUCGCGGAAAAGGCCGCCAUCAUGGCCAUGCGCGAAGUGGAGCGAGAGCAAUUCAUCGCCGACCGCGAUGCCGAGAUUCAACGCCAACGACAGAACCGCCUGCUGCGGCAGAUGGUGACGACGGUGGAGGCCGAGGCGAGCAAGCAUCCCAAGAAGAAGCGCAGCGCCGACACGGCCGAGCUCGACGAUGAUCGCAAGUCCUCGCGGCCUCGCGCCGGAAAGACCAGCGGCACGGCCAUGGAUUCACUGCGCAGGGCGAGGGCGGAGAAGCAGAGACGGAAGGAGGACCACGAGCGCCGCAAGGAUGGCUUCUCCCCCCGCCGGGACUCUCUCGAACCGGAAAGCGACGACGACUUUGGCCCGGCGCGAAGCCGAACGGCGGACAAGGAGACGGCCGAGGAGCUGCCGCCCGCCGAGCUUCGUGACUUUGAGCGAGUCCGGCUGGGUCGCAACGAGUUCGCCCAAGUGUGCUUCACGCCGGGCUUCGAGGAGGCCAUCGUCGGCUGCUACCUUCGCAUCUCGGUCGGCACCCAUCCGGAGACGGGCAUCGAGCAGUAUCGAAUGGCUCUCGUCAAGGGCUUCGUCACGAGCAGACCUUAUGCGCUGUCCGGACCCAACGGCGUCUUCGUGACGGACCAGUACGUGAAGGGGGCUCACGGCAAGUCGGUCAAGGAAUUUCCCUUCAUCGCCGCCUCGAGCGGCAAGUUCACCGACGGCGAGCUCAACCGUUACCAGAUCACCUGCACCAACGACGGCGUCUCCUUGCCCACGAAGGAGUUCCUCGACGCCAAGAUCGACGCCAUCAACGCGCUCAUCAACCACAACUGGACCAACGAGGACAUCAAGGCGCGGCUGGCGAGACGCAACGAGCUGAAGCGACGCUUCGACCCGGCCGAGCGCGAGCGCGUCGCGAGGCUGCUCGAGGAAGCCUCGCGGAGGGGCGACGAGGAAAAGGCCGAGGAGCUGCAGGAGGAACUCGACAAGCUUCGGGGGCAGCGCCUGGCGUUUAGGACGUCGCUCGGCCCUCCCAAGGGCGCCGGCGGCACGGCGGCGUCGACGGAGCAGGAUCGCCUCGCCGAGCGCAACCGCGAGAACCGACGGAUGAACGCCGAGCUCGUCCGCAAGGCCCAGCUGAAGGAGAAGGCUCGGUCGCGCGAGAUCGAGAAGGCUCUCCACCGCGGCGAGCACGUGGCCGACGACCCGUCGCGGCGACUUCGGACCAAGGCUAAGUUUGUCCACGACGUGAACGCGACGACGCCGAGGCCGUCCCAGAACGGCAGCGCCGCCAGCACGCCAGCCGCGGGCACGCCCAAGGUCGCUCCCACCCUGAUGGCAUCUCACCUGGCGAAGCUGCAGGAGAAGAACUACGUCGAGAGCAAGGGGCUUCCCAUGAUCCACAAGCCGCUCGUCGACGACGACAUCAUCGGCGCUCUGGAUCUGGACAUUGACGUGGAAAUUUGA